UUUUCUCAAAUCAAAUAAUUCCACCCGAAACGAAAACAAUAAAAAAUGUAUCGUUUUGCAGCGAAGAGAAUUCUGGUUCAGAGUAAAACCCUAAUCACAAAUCCUAAUAAUAACAAUAAUCAGAGAAGAAAUCUUCUUCAUCUUCUUCGUUCCAUUACUACUAAUGCUCCUGAUCCUAAUUUCCCCCAAAAACCAAUCACUAAUCAGAAAAUAAUCCCUAAUUCUCCCCCUGCUUCAUCUGCUGAGAAUCGAUCAACAUCGGAAAGAUUGGGGCAAGAUGUAACAAAUGUAGCAGAAAAACUAGCUUCUGAAGCUGCAGAGACGUUGAAGAAAGUAGCUGAGGAAGGGGCUGGUGAUAGAAGUCAAAAUGAGAACAGGGGCAGAGAAAGAGAAGGAAGGCCAAGAGUUGAAUAUAAAGAUGAACAAGCUCGUGUUCUUCAAGCUGCUCUUCCUCAUGUGCUUAGGUUGGGAUGGAGUGAAGCUGCUCUUAUUACAGGGGCUAAGGAAGCUGGGGUGUCUCCUUCUAUUCUUGGAUCUUUUCCAAGGAAAGAAGCAGCACUUGUCGAGUUUUUCAUGGAUGAUUGCCUGCAUAAAUUGAUCGAUAGAAUCGAGUCAGGAGAGGCCUUGGAUACCAUGAUACAUAGUGAUCGAGUUGCGAAACUCAUCCAGAUACGUCUAGAAAUGCAGGCACCGUACAUAUCCAAGUGGUCUCAAGCACUUAGCAUUCAGGCUCAACCACUGAAUAUCCCAACAAGUUUCAAUCAGCGGGCAAUGCUAAUUGAUGAAAUCUUGCAUGCUUCUGGUGAUCAAACCACUGAUAUUGACUGGUAUGUGAAGCGUACAGUUCUUGGAGGAAUCUAUUCAGCGGCUGAGGUUUACAUGCUGACUGAUAAUUCACCAGAUUUCCGCGACACAUGGGCAUUUGUAAGGCGCCGAGUGAAAGAUGCAUUUGAUCUAGAGAAGACUGUUCAAGAGGCCAAGUAUUUGGCAGAAGCCGUUGGCGCUGGCAUUGGAAACACAGUCCAGGGAUUCAUGAAGGGGAUGUCUCAGGGAGGUCGAUGAGCAUAAAUUAUUAUUACUGUGAAUCCUAUAAUUUCUUUGUUAUAUUUACUCGGUUGCUUCUGUUAAUGCUCUUGGUAAUAACCACAUCUGUUUCUAAAAUAGGUCUCUUCGUUCACCUUUUCUAAAGUUGCUAUGAACUGGUUCUUUGGGUCUAUCUGUUCCCAUUUAUUAAAAGUUGCUGGCAUCUCUAAUGUAAUUCAUGGAAAUGGGUGGUUCUUGCCA